AUGUCGCCAGCUGCCAUCGCAGAACCACAUAGUGAAGUGUAUGUCACCACCACCAAGGCGGUGAGCAAUGGAUCUUCAUAUAUGAGUGGAGGAGCUGUACAAGGCAUGAAGAGAACUACAUUCCUGUUUGAUCGACAUCUCCACAAAGAAUUCCCAGUCAUCGUAGGAGGAAGUGGAAGUAAUCUAUACACCAAAGACGGACGAGUCAUAUUUGAUGCUACAUCCGGCGCCGCUGUUUCAUGUUUAGGACAUGGCAACAAGCGAGUCACCAAUGCCGUUUACCAGCAAAUGGCGUCCGGCAUUCCAUACCUCGCCUCAGGAUUCUUUGGUAAUGAGACCGUGGACGAUCUUUGCGAAGAACUGAUAAAUGGCACUGGUCGAAAAAUGGCCCGAGUCUACUUGACUGGUUCAGGAUCCGAGGCUAUGGAAGCCACAUGUAAAUUGGCACGACAGUAUUUUUACGAAAAGGAUAAAUCCACACCACGAGUCAACUUCAUUGCUCGAGAAGGUUCAUAUCAUGGCAACACCUUGGGCGCAUUAGGCAUGUCAGGACACAAAGCGCGCCGCGCUCCUUACACCCCCUUCCUGAUGCCCAACGUCCAUCACGUGUCAUCCUGCAACCCCUACCGGCAACGACUCCCCAACGAAUCCGACGCCUCCUUCGUGUCGCGCAAAGCCGCCGAGCUCGAAGCCAAAUUCCAAGAACUCGGCCCGGAAACCGUCAUCGGUUUCUGCGCCGAACCAAUCGUAGGUGCUGCCCUCGGCUGCGUGGCUGCUCUCCCUGGCUACCUCAAAGCCAUGCGCGACGUAUGCCAUCGCCACGGCGCCCUCUUCAUCCUCGACGAAGUCAUGUGCGGCAUGGGUCGCACAGGCACUCUACACGCAUGGCAAGCCGAAAACGUAGCCCCUGAUCUACAAACCAUUGGUAAAGGACUAGCCGGGGGAUAUCAACCGGUAGCCGGUGUUCUCAUUUCGCAAAAAGUCGUCAAUGUUCUUUACAACGGCACAGGCCAAUUUAUCCACGGCCAAACAUAUCAAGGAAUGCCCGUGCAAGCUGCCGCAGCUCUAGAAGUCCAACGAAUUAUCCGCCAACACGACGUCCUAGAAAAUGUCCGCACUCAAGGUGCAUAUCUCGGCAAACUCCUCAAACAACACCUGGCAGAUCAUCCAAACGUGGGAGAUAUCCGCGGUAAAGGAUUAUUCUGGGGCGUUGAAUUCGUCAAAGAUAAGAAAAGCAAAACGGCGUUUGAACCCAAACUAAGCAUUGCGCAAAAGAUACACGACCUGGCGAUAUCCCGUCCAUACAACAUGACCAUGUAUCCCGGAACUGGCACUGUAGACGGCAUGUGUGGGGAUCACAUAAUGCUAUCGCCGAAUUACCUAGUUACAAAAGAAGAUGUCGAAUAUAUUGUCAGGACUACGGUGGAAGUGAUUGAGUCUGUUUUUGAAAACCUGUAG